AUGACCAAAGCCGAAGAACACCGUCAUGCUAGCCGCGCAUCAACCCCGGCAGCGACGACAGCAGCCGACGAUGGUGGAGGUGAAAAGAGAGUCGAAGCGUUGCCUGCUCGAGACAUCCUGAUAGCUGUCGCAAUCGUUCUGACUCAACUCGUGCAGAUGAUGCCCUACGGCGCAGGAAUCAGCACUGGUAUAGAGAUCGGAAAACGCCUCGGCGCAGAACCAACAGAAUCAGUCUGGAUCAUCGCAUCAUACUCAAUGACCCAGGGCGCGUUCGUCCUCAUGGGCGGCCGCUUAGGCGCUAUAUACGGCCACAAGAACACCGUGACUGUCGCCGGAGUAAUCUGGACCGUUGGCCAUCUGAUCUCUGGCUUCAUGAAGAGUGUUGUCUCCCUGUCGAUCCUUCGUGGCAUCAGCGGCAUAGGGGGCGCCAUGAUCGUCCCCAACGCUGUGGCGCUUUUGACCAUCACCUAUCCACCGGGAAAGAUGCGCAACAUAGCAGUGGGCUUCUUCGGUGCCACGGCGCCUAUCGGAGCCUUCUUAGGAAGUGUGUUGGCCGCUUUGAUCGUGCAGUUGGUGCAGUGGAAGUGGAUCUUCUUCUUCUUGGCAAUGCUCGGUACGGUUGUAUUCACAAUGUUUACUAUAGUUGUACCCGGAGAAGCGGAGCCGUUCGACAAGGGAGGGAGUGUCGACUGGAUCGGCUCAUACCUGGGCGUGGGCGGUCUAGUGCUGUUCAAUUUCGUCUGGAACCAAGCACCGGCUGUUGGCUGGGACACCCCAUAUGAGUACAUCCUCCUCAUUGUGUCUGUCCUGCACUUCGUGGCUUUCGCCAUCUGGGAAGCUAAAUUCACCGCCAACCCCAUCUUACCUCUGGACAUCUGGAGUGCUCCAUCUUUCAGCAUGAUGACCCUUGCAUCCUUUUUCGCCUUUAUGAGCGUCGGGAUCUCCAUCUGGUAUUCUGCUCUCUGGAACCUGGAAGUUCGCCACUAUACGCUGUUGUCUACCGCCGCGGCAUUCACACCACUUGGAGUCGGCGGUACAAUUGCUGCCAUUGUGAGCGCCAAGAUCAUACGAUAUGUGGCUGCCGAACAUGUCAUGGCACUGGGGUCCCUUGCCUCAUGUGUGGCUUCAGUCUUGCUAUCCACGAUGCCAGAGCAGCAGACCUAUUGGGCUCAAGUAUUCCCUGCACUGAUUCUGACAGCCUUGGGGCCGGAUCUCUUGUUCACUGCUGCGCAAAUUAUUGCCAGCAACACAGUGAAGCGCCAUCAGCAAGGUGUUGCUGGGUCGCUGAUUGGGACUUUGUUGUCCUACGGCUUGAGCACUGGUCUUGGCUUCGCAGGCACCGUAGAGGCAUAUACCAAUGAACAGGGCCGGAGACAAGUCCACGGCUAUCGUGGUGCCCUGUACGUCGGCAUUGGUCUGGGUGCAGCUGCGAUGGCUCUAGCGGUACUGUUUGUUCGUAUUCCGAAGGACCAGCGGGAUGGAUGGGAGGCAGAUGAGCAGGAACCGCCAUCCGCCACUUCUGACGCAUGA